UACCUUCUUUCUAUUUCCCCUGAAUCAAAUACCACUUCUCGAGUUUUCGUCCCCUCUUCAUCUUUUUCCCCAAAUCAUACCAAUCUCUCUGCUACCAAUUCAACCACCAUGGAUUCCGAUCACACCCCCAACAACCCACCCACCACCCAUUCCCAUCCCCAUUCCCACCACACCACCUGCAUCAACUGCGGCGGCGCCACCACCUACCCCCCACCCCCAUUCUCCGAAACCUCCCCACCCCCAGUCUACCGCCCCAUCCGCGCCCCCGCCAUCCCCAUCUCCCCAACCCACAACGUCCAACAAACCAUCAUCAUGACACCUGUCCCCCACGCCGAAAAAGUCCCCGUCAUUUCCCCACCCCACCACUUCCAAACCCCCACCAAAAUCAUCUCCUCCGACGACCACAUCCGCCGCUUCCGCGACUCCCCCACCGCCAAAAACUUCCUCGGCUUCAUCGUCUCCUUAUCCGAAUCCAUCCGCACCCACAAACUCUCCGACCCCUGCCACGUCUCCCCCGUCACCACCUCCAUUGUUUCCAUCCUCCAAACCCUAAUCCAAUCCGUUGACCAAAUCCCACCUCUUGAACAAUCCUCUCGUUACGGAAACUUAGCGUAUCGUGACUGGCACGUGCGCAUGACUGAACAUGCUGAUUCUUUCAUCCUGCAGUUACUCCCACAUGAACUCAACUCAGCCACUGUUGAAUUAACCCCUUAUUUCACCGAUAGUUUCGGGAAUUCGAGCCGAAUCGACUACGGAACAGGGCACGAGACGAAUUUCGCUGCGUGGUUAUACUGUCUGGCAAGGUUAGGGGUGAUUGUUGAAGAGGAUUAUCAAGCGGUUGUGUCUCGGGUUUUUGUGAAGUAUAUGGAACUUAUGAGGAAGUUGCAGUUGGUUUAUUCGUUGGAACCGGCGGGGUCGCAUGGGGUAUGGGGGCUGGAUGAUUAUCAUUUCUUGCCGUAUGUGUUUGGGGCGUCGCAGUUGAUUGAUCAUAAGUAUAUGAAGCCGAAGUCGAUUCACAAUGAGGAUAUACUUGAGAAUUUUGCCAAGGAGUAUAUGUAUUUGCAGUGUAUUGAGUUUAUUAGGAAGGUUAAGAAGGGGCCGUUUGCGGAGCAUUCGCCUAUGUUGGAUGAUAUUAGUGGUGUGCCGAAUUGGAAGAAGGUGAAUAGUGGGUUGUUGAAGAUGUAUAAAGUCGAGGUUAUGGAGAAAGUUCCUAUUAUGCAGCAUUUUCUCUUCGGUUCGCUCAUCAAGUGGGAGUAGACGAUGAACAACAAACAGGUUCUACAGAAUGAGAAGUGAAAGGGAUGUCCGUGUAGUUAGUUUUGAAACAACUGGUUGGUUGUAUUAUGUACUGUCACACUGCUUAACCUGCUCUAGUAUCUGAUGCUUGUUCGCUGCAGCUUCUAUUUAUUUUUAAUUAAUAUUCAAUAAUAACUUCGUUACA